UGAUUGAGGAGAGUGGGAAGAGGCGGAGGACCAUGGCAGAGAAGAGGCAGCUAUUCAUGGAAAUGCCCUGGGACUCCGCGUAUAUGCUCAGAGUCAUAGGCUCUGUCACUGCGCAGCCUCUCAUUUGAGGUGGAUCAGAAGGUGAGGAGCCCAGAAUUUUGAUGUUAUCCGAUUAUCAACCUACCGGACAGCUUGCAAACUACGAUUUGUGCAAAAGAGGUGCAAUUUACACCUUGUUGAUAUAUGGAAUAUGAUUGAAGCCUUCCGAGAUAAUGGCCUUAAUGCUUUGGACCACAGCACCGAAAUCAAUGUGUCCCGUCUGGAAACCAUCAUUUCAUCCAUCUACUAUCAACUGAACAAACGCCUUCCUUCCACUCACCAGAUCAGUGUGGAGCAAUCCAUCAGCCUUCUUCUCAACUUUAUGAUUGCUGCAUAUGACAGUGAGGGCCGAGGAAAGUUGACGGUAUUUUCAGUUAAAGCUAUGUUAGCAACCAUGUGUGGUGGAAAAAUGUUGGACAAAUUGCGAUAUAUUUUCUCCCAAAUGUCAGACUCCAGUGGCUUAAUGGUAUUUACCAAAUUUGACCAGUUUCUAAGGGAAGUUUUGAAGCUCCCAACAGCUGUGUUUGAAGGUCCUUCUUUUGGAUACACAGAGCACUCGGUCCGCACAUGUUUUCCACAGCAGAAAAAGAUCAUGCUAAAUAUGUUUUUAGACACACUGAUGGCUGAUCCACCUCCCCAGUGCCUUGUCUGGCUACCUCUCAUGCACAGACUUGCUCAUGUUGAAAAUGUCUUCCAUCCCGUGGAAUGUUCAUAUUGCCGAUGCGAGAGCAUGAUGGGUUUCCGGUAUCGAUGCCAGCAGUGCCACAACUACCAGCUCUGCCAAAACUGCUUUUGGCGCGGCCAUGCCAGCGGCCCUCACAGCAAUCAACAUCAGAUGAAGGAGCAUUCUUCUUGGAAAUCACCUGCCAAGAAGCUGAGCCACGCAAUUAGUAAAUCUCUGGGCUGCGUACCCAGCAGAGAACCUCCACAUCCUGUUUUCCCUGAGCAGCCGGAGAAGCCUCUCGAUCUUGCGCAUAUAGUCCCUCCCAGGCCGCUGACCAAUAUGAAUGACACCCUGGUUAGCCGCAUAUCCUCUGGAGUGCCCACUCCCACCAAAAGGUUACAAUACAGCCAGGAUGUGUCCAAUCACUUGCCUGAUGAACAUGCAUUGAUAGCCUCCUAUGUGACCCGUCUGCAGAAUGGUACACGGUUAGUGAUAAGUGUCCUGGACAGCCCCAGCCGACUGGAUGAGGAGCACCGCCUGAUUGCUCGCUACGCUGCCCGCUUGGCUGCAGAGGCAGGAAAUACUCAACCCCGUCCCCCCGCUGACCUAGGCUUCAGCUUUGAUGCGAACAAGCAGCAGAGGCAACUGAUUGCAGAACUGGAAAACAAAAACAGAGAGAUCCUGCAAGAGAUCCAACGCCUCCGUCUGGAGCAUGAACAGGCUUCACAGCCAACUCCUGAGAAGGCCCAGCAGAACCCCACACUGCUGGCAGAGCUCCGGCUGCUGAGGCAGAGGAAAGAUGAGCUGGAGCAAAGAAUGUCUGCAUUGCAAGAAAGCAGGCGAGAGCUGAUGGUGCAGCUAGAAGGGCUAAUGAAAUUGCUGAAGGCCCAAGCUGCAGGAUCCCCACAAACAUCUCCAACUCACGGGGGGAGCCGGCCAAUGCCCAUGCCAGUCCGCUCUACAUCCGCCGGCUCUACCCCUACCCACGGCCCUCAGGACUCCCUGGCUGGAGUUGGAGGAGAGGUGCAAGAGGCCUUUGCACAAGGUACGAGGAGGAACCUUCGCAAUGACCUGCUGGUGGCUGCUGACUCCAUCACCAAUACCAUGUCAUCCUUAGUGAAGGAGCUUCAUUCAGCAGAGGAAGGUGCCGAGGAAGAGGAGGAGAAGAUGCAGAAUGGGAAAGAUAGAGGUUAAAUGGAAGAAUCUGAACAGAGAGAUAGUGCAAGCACAGAGGGCACUGCAGUGAGUUGGCAUUGGCAGGACGUCUCCACACCCUUCCCCAGAGGCUCUUUUCCACACAUCUCUCCACGACUGCACGCCAGGACCGGGCCUGCAGGCUGCCCGCUACCACUGGGAAGAGGGAGCCGCACUGGAGGGGAGGGGGGUGGCCAGAGAGCCCCAGCCGGUGGGCCUUCCUCUCAGAUUCCUGCAUGUACUAACACCAUCGCCUCUCUCCCCCCGAGGCACAGUCUCAUCUCAGUUGCAACUAGGAAUUUCCUGGGAGGUUUAAAAAAAAAAAAACCCUAAAA